GCCCCGGCCAUCCUCCCUCCCUCCGGUUCGCGGGAACCGGGCUGGGCGGCUAAGCAUAGGCACCGAGCAGCUGCCUUCGGGUGAAGGUCACGUGCGUCAUCCCGGGGAGGAGGCGACCAGCCGCUGUCGAAGAGGAGCCGCCUUCCUUAACCUGAAAGCAGGGGCCGCAGAGCGCGCCGAGAACAGUUGUUGCUGACUUGGUGGUUCAGGUGCGUAUUCCUGCACUCGAGGCUGAAGCAAGAAGAUCAGGAGUUCAAGUUUAUCUGGGCUUCUUAGCGAGUUCACAGGCAGCUCCUUGAUCGUGAAUUUCUAAGAAGAGAGGAAUGAACCGCACAGUGCUUGUCCUUUAAGGCUUGGAGUCAAAGGUGGACAGCUUUGUUGCCACGGCCAAAGAAGAUGGCAACCCCUUAUGUCCCAGUUCCCAUGCCAAUAGGAAACUCAGCUUCUGGUUUUACAGCCAGCAGAAAUCAAAGGAGUUCUUCUUUCGGUAGUGGCUCCACAAGCUCGAACUCUUCCAGAGGGCACCUAGACGACCCGAAUGUGGGGAAUUUCAAGCAGACGAAUGUUCAGGAUCGGAUGGAUAGUACAUCAUCAGUCUGUGGCAGUCCUCUCAUCAGGACCAAAUUUACAGGCGUAGAUUCAUCCAUUGAAUACUCUGCUAGACCCAGAGACACUGAGGAGCAGCACGCUGACUCAGUGAACUGGGAAGAGAGGCCUUCUACACCGACCAUUCUGGGUUAUGAAGUUAUGGAAGAGCGAGCCAAGUUUACUGUAUAUAAAAUACUAGUAAAGAAAACCCCAGAAGAAAGCUGGGUGGUUUUCAGAAGAUACACUGACUUCUCUAGGCUUAAUGACAAACUGAAAGAGAUGUUUCCAGGCUUUCGAUUAGCACUUCCUCCAAAACGCUGGUUUAAAGAUAAUUACAAUGCGGACUUUUUAGAAGAUAGACAAUUAGGAUUGCAAGCAUUUCUUCAAAACUUAGUAGCUCACAAGGACAUUGCUAACUGCCUUGCAGUGAGAGAAUUUCUUUGUCUGGAUGAUCCACCAGGUCCAUUUGAUAGCCUAGAAGAAAGCAGGGCAUUCUGUGAGACUUUAGAAGAGACUAACUACCAUUUACAGAGAGAACUACUGGAAAAGCAAAAGGAGGUGGAAUCCCUGAAGAAACUGCUCGGGGAGAAGCAACUUCACAUAGACACAUUAGAGAGCAGAAUGAGAACAUUGUCCUUAGAACCUGAAGCAUCACUGUAUUUGUCAAGAGCAGAAGGUGGACAGAUCCUAAGGGUGGAGUCCUCUGUACUUCAAGUCAAUCGGGAUGCCUUGGAUGAAGACUCUAGAGCUAACAAUAAGCCACACUUCAACCCUCGAGAAGGCAGAGGUGCGAUGGCAGCCAUAGAGGCCGCACAGCUGGCGCCCAGGGUGGAGGGCGACUAGCGCGUGAGGGCUCUCCUCAGCAGAGAGCAGGGUGCACUGUAUGAAGUUUACAUACAGUCUGCUUGUAAGUUAUUGGAGUAAGAACUAUAUUCAUUGCUGCUUUUAACUGUCUUUUCCAACAUUGUAUUUACUACACUGAAAAAAAAAACCCUUUAGAAUUGUUAUCAGGGCCCAUAUUCUUAAAUACUUUACAUAAAUUAUUACAGUGUCUUGCCUGUAUAUUGCUCCAAACUCUACUCUGUGUGUGUGUGUGUGUGUGUGUGUGUGUGUGUGUGUGUGUGUGAUAUGUGUACUUGUCUUAAAUCACCAGUUAUAGUAGGUGAAAACUAAUUGCAUGUUAGAAUCUGGGUGAUGUUUCUAUCUUGGACAUGAUAUAGGUUUAAAUCAGUGGACACCAUAGGGAAGAUAAAGAUGAAUCAGUUUGAAAUGUUGCUUUGUCUAUCAUCUCUAAAUAAAAAUUGCUUGUUUGAAAUGUUAAUACUAUUUAAAAAAAAAGAUGACUUUCUAAAGCCAAAGAUAAUGUGUCUUGAAGAUCUGUAAUUAGAUAGGCAAAAUGAUAAAAUAGCCUUGAUUUAAAUGAUGAUUAAUUAAUGUCAAGAUACUUACUGUAAGUGUCCUGAUUUAUUAAUAUCUUAUACUUGGAUAUUUUCUGCAUAAUCCAACUCAAUUCUCUACCCACUGGUCCAGUGGAGUUUGCCUCAUUCAGAACACUACCUCUUUGUGCUAAUCAAGACAUAUUCUUUUCAAAAUAGAUUACAGUUUUGAGGCAAGUGAGUUUCAGAAAAAGAAAUUAAAAUAAAUAACCAUAUAUACUGCAAACUUCCCAAGUAGCUUGACUCCUGGUGUUCCAUUUGUAUUUCUCUGUGUAUGAAGAUGUUAUGCUAUAUAAUGGCUGAUUUCAUUUAUAAUGUAUUUAGCCAACUGAUGCACUUUAUGAUAAUUAAACUCCUUUGUGCCAAAUUCAGCUGGUGAGUUUCUUUAGUAAGUGGAAUUAGCUGGAAGAAUGUUGUAUGCCUUUACUGCUAUUACAGAGGUCUUCUAGGGUCUGUGAGCCAGCCUUGUGAAAUGUUGGGUCAGCUCUGUGUACAGUUGUGGAAAUGCCUUUUUUCAUCUUGAUAAUGUAUGUUUUCUAUUUUCAUUGUUUGCAUAUUAUUCUUAAUGUGUAUUGUAAUCACAGUAACAUCUCAAAAUUCCAAUUGGCAUUGGACUACAUAUGCUUUCUAAAAUCUGAAAGACCCUCCUGGAGAAAAGAAUAACAUUCUCAUUUCUCCUUUAUAAUCUAAAAUGGUAUCAGUGUCGUAAGAUGCAUAUUGAGGUGUAGUUGUUUAAAGUUCUGCUCAUAUACAUGCAGUGACUCUUGUUAACCUUUGGUCUUACAAGGAAAAUACUUUUUACCAAAAUAAUAAAAUUAAGUCUUUGUCACAAUACACAUAUGCUCUGAAUCAGAAGCAACUGGUUGACUUUGGGAAUGUGUUCCUGUAAGAAGGUAAUCAACCACUCAGAGGCCCUGUUGACCCUCCAUGGGAAGCCUUACCCUCUGAGGAGUGGGGGGUGGGAAGGAACAGAAGGGGGGGCUAUUUGUUAAACCACUACAAAUUGAGGGUUUUAUUAUACUGAGAAAAUCUGCCUGAAAUUUGGAAUACAUAUUAUAAAUGGGGAAAAAAUCUGUUCAAAAAAGACUUUUCUGUCUAUAAGGUUGAAAGUGAUUGUCCUCCAAGCCAAGCAACUGUCAUCUUGGGAAGCACAGUUGUGUUUCCCCCAUUCCUUUGCAAAAGAUACCAACGGGGCUGGUCAGCAGUUCACCCCUGCAUGGAGAGGUAGAGUGAGGCGUGAGUUUCUCACUUGAAUACCCAGAUACUCACCACCAUCAGGCAACUCUGCACAUGGCCAGUGGGAGGGGCCUAGAGUGUAUAGAGACCCAGCCAGGUCUUGAACUGGCCUCUAUCUUUAUGGCCUCUGGAGAAGCACUCAUCCCUGCCGAGUAAGUCUUUUCACCUGCUGCUGGUUAGGUUUGAGAAGUGCCCGCGUUACUCUAAGUAACCCCACUACCUAGGCUCUGUAAGGAAGUUCUGUAAAUUCAGGGCUUCCCUGGAAUGAACUUGGGUGGAAUCUUGCCUCUGUUAGGAGGACCUCCAGAGGAAUUUUAGCAACAAAUGGUACUGCAUAUUUUGUUAACAGAAUAAGAUGGAUAAAAUUUGUUUUUUUGAAAAUAAGAGAACAUUUAUUAGGCAUAAAGAAUAUGAGACUCCUUAUAGUAGUUUAAAUGAGAAUGGCCCCCAUAGGCUCAUACAUUUGCUUAGUCACUAGGUAGUGGCACUAUUUGAGCCAGAUUAGGAGGUGUGACCUUGUUGGAAGAAGUGUGUCACUGUGGGUAGGCCUUGAGUUCAAAGGUCCAUGCCAAGCCCAGUCUUUCUCUCCUCCUCCUCUCUUCUCUUCUCUUCUCUUCUCUUCUCUUCUCUCUCUCUCUCUCUCUCUCUCUCUCUCUCUCUCUCUCUCUCUCUUCUCUCUCUCUCUCUCUCCAAACCAAGAUGAAACUUUCAACUCCUCCAUGCCUGUCUGUAUGCCACUGUGCUCCCUGCCAUGAACUAAACCUCUGAAACGGUAAGGAAGUCCUGAGUUACAUUUGCCUUGGUCAUGGUGUCUCUUUACAACAGUACCUAAGACAUAGUUGGUACCAGGGACUGGGGUAUUACUGUGACAGGCCUGCCCAUCUUUUUUGUUGAGGAAUAUGGAUGGUUUGGAGACUUUGGACUAGAAAAGCAGCUGGACACUUAAGUGGCCAUCCUAGUAGGAGCACAGAGAACAGUGCUAAGGGGAUCUCAGCUGUGAAGUCCCAGCUGAAGGGGUUCCAGAGGGGAAGAAGACUGAUCAAUCUUGUCAUAGAGAUUUCAAGACAACCUGGUAUUGACUUAGUUCUGUAGUUAUUAGUAAUCACUCUUAUGCAAAUCUAUAAUGAAAAGGAACAAGAUAGACAAAGAGAAAUACAAAAUGUGUGGUCUGAGGAGAAAAGCAGCAGCAGAAGUGUAAUUGAGCUAAGUGCAGUGCUCAAGGAGAUAAACACGUGAAAUAAAAGUUGAUAAUAAAUGGAAUAAAGGGGGUGGUGACCUCAGAGCAAGCCCCCACCCAGCUAAGCUUCCCGCUUGUGACAAGGAAUUAAAGAAAAGCUUAAGCCAUGCAGAAACCAUCAACAACAGAGAGCUGACGUAAAUGUUCCAGUCUCAGCAAGCAACACAGCUUGACAGCUUAGUUUUGGCCACGUGAGUCUGGCUUUACAGUAAAGAAUAUGAGAGGCAGGAGUGGAAUCUCCCCAGCUAAUGCCACUGAAGCUAGGAGUGUGCCAGGUGCGUGUCUACAUGAAGCGUCCAGAGAGGCCAUGGCAUGAAUCUUGAGGGUAAAGCCUAGAGUGUGUUGCAGAUGCUAAGAUGCUGGAGAUGCCAGAGUUGUAGAAUACUUGCCAAGGAAAGCUGCAGACUGCAUUUGGAACCAGCCCAAGAGAAAUAAGUCUGUUCCAGUCAACAAAGCCGAAAGGAGUUGGGGAUCGAUCAGGAGAGCACUUUGACAUCAGACAGGAGAUGCAGAGUUUGGAGUUUGCACUGCUGGAUUUAGUUCUUACAUGGGGCCAGAAUUUCCUCACUGUGCUGCUUUUCCUCCAUUUUAGAAUGGAGUAUUUAGUGUGUCCCGUGCCAGUUUAUGUUGAAAGUAACUGUAAUGUCUAUUCUAUAUCAUUGUAUUCUGGAAGUAACAGUAAUGUCUAUUCGAUACCAUUGUAUGUUGGAAGUAAUUGUAAUGUCUAUUCUAUACCAUUGUAUGUUGGAAGUAAUUGUAAUGUCUAUUCUAUACCCUUGUAUUCUGGAAGAAACUGUAAUGUCUAUUCUAUGCCAUUGUAUGCUGGAAGUAACUGUAAUGUCUAUUCUAUACCAUUGUAUGUUGAAAGUAACUGUAAUGUCUAUUCUAUACCAUUGUAUGCUGGAAGUAACUGUAAUGUCUAUUCUGUACCAUUGUAUGUUGGAAGUAACUGUAAUGUCUAUUCUAUACCAUUGUAUGUUGGAAGUAACUGUAAUGUCUAUUCUAUACCAUUGUAUGUUGGAAGUAACUGUAAUGUCUAUUCUAUACCAUUGUAUAUUGGAAGUAUGUGAUCUGCUUUCUUAUAGAAGAGAGUUUGAACUUUGGACUUUUAAACAGUGUUGAGACUGUUUGAAGUUGGACCUAAUGCUCUUUUGCAUUGUGAUAGAGCUACAAGCCUAGGAAGGCCAGGGACUGAAAUGUGCUUUGGCUAAGAACGGCCCCCAUAGGCUCAUCUAUUUGAAUGCUUCUUUGCCAAGGAGUGGAACCAUUUGAUAUGAAUAGAAGGAUUAGAGGGCAUGGCCUUGUUGGAGGAAGUGUGUCACUGGGUGGGCUUUGAGGUUUCAAAAGCUCCUGCCAGGCCCACUCUUUCUCUCCUCUCUGCUUAUGGAUCACAUGUACUCUCAGCUAUUUCCAACAACAUACUUGCCAUGUGUUCUCUGCCGUGAUGGUAAUGAACUGACCCUCUGAACCGUGAGCAAGUCCCCAAUUAGAUGCUCUCUUUUUUUAUAAGUUGUCUUGUUCAUGAUGUCUUUUCACAGCAAUAGAAACCCUAAGUAGGAAACUCCUUUUUCUGCACAAAGUAUGUAUGAAAUAGAGUAUUUAUAUUCUAUUAUAAAUAUUAUAAACUCGGGCUGCUAUAGUAAAAGUCACAAA